CCGAGGUCUCCAUUUUAUCCAGCUUUUUCUACCCUACCCUCUCUCCUCUUUCUCAUUCUUCGCUCCGCCGCCGGUUCUCCUCGGAGAAACCAAACUCCUUUCCAAUUUUCUUCUUUUAGGUAGUCGAAGAGAGAAAGGAGAUCUAUGGAUUCGGAUCAAGGGAAGCUCUUCAUCGGCGGUAUUUCGUGGGAAACAACUGAAGAGAAGCUGAAAGAUUAUUUCAGCCAGUACGGCGAUGUCUUGCAGACGGUGGUGAUGAGGGAUAAGGCUACAGGAAAGCCUAGGGGCUUUGGAUUUGUAGCUUUUGCGGACCCUUCCAUCGUAGAUCGUGUACUCCAAGACACUCACACCAUCGACGGCCGCACUGUGGAAGCUAAGAAGGCUAUGUCAAGAGAGGAACAGCAUACUGCUGUUCGAUCAGGGAAUAACACAAUGAGAAAUGCUGGCGGCGGCGGCGGCGGCGGGAGGAUUCGAAACAAAAAAAUUUUUGUCGGGGGGGCUCCCCACCCUCUAAAGAUUUUUGUCGGAGGGCUUCCUCCCACUCUAUCCGAUAUGGAGUUCCGCAAAUACUUUGAAGCUUUUGGCACCGUGACUGAUGUUGUCGUGAUGUAUGAUCCGAACACGCAGCGUCCUAGAGGUUUUGGCUUCAUAUCUUUUGACUCAGAAGAUAGUGUUGAUCGGGUGGUUCAGAAGCAAUUUCAUGAUGUGGGUGGGAAAGCUGUGGAGGUUAAACGUGCCCUUCCAAAGGACGCAAACCCUGGAAACACCACAAACCGAUCCGUGGGGGGCGGAACAUAUCAGUCUUACGGAAGCUCGGGCACCAACUCUAACUCUUACGAUAACAGAGUUGAUGGCAGUCGGUACAUGCAGGCACCAGCAAGUGGUGCUGGUUAUAAUCCAUAUGGUUCGUCGGGUUACGGUGCUCCCGCUUAUGGUUACGGAACGGCUACCAAUGGUGUAGGUUUCAGCUACGGAAACACCGGGGCCUAUGGAAAUCCUGGUGGACUUGGCGCUGGUUAUGUUAGCGGACCUCCAGGUGCUCCGAGGAGCGGGUAUGUUUCUACUGGUUAUGGUGCAAAUGCAGGGUAUGGAGGAGCUGUUUCUGGACACACAGGUCAGUCUCCCAGUGCUGCAGCAGGAUAUGGAAACCAAGGCUUUGGUUAUAGUGGGUAUGGUGGGCCUGAAGGUCCUUAUGGCAAUCCAGGUGGUUAUGGUGGUGUCAAUCCUAGUGGUGGUGGGGAGCAGGGUUUGGGGGGUGGCUUUGCUAGCGGAGGUUAUAAUGAUGGCAGUGGAAGUACCGGUUAUUCGAAUGCUUGGAGAUCUGAUCCUGCUCAGGGAGGCGGCUAUGGGGCCGGUCAGUUGGCUGGUGCUGGUGCACCUGGUGGGGCUAUUGGUUAUAGUGGAUAUACUGGUUCUCAAUCCAGGGGUUGCUGUGUGCACAUUGUUGCAAUGUAUCCAGAUACUCAGUGGAAGCCAAAAUCUGUUGCCAUGACCAAUGAUUGCUGGACUCGCUGCUGGCGCAGAAUGGUUGUUGUAAAGGGUGCAUCUCCAUUUAAUCGAACCAGUUCUCCUCCAGACAAGAAUAGACACAAUCCUUCACUGUAUAACAAAAUUUCUUCUCUUGAUUGUAUUCUCUCUUCAUUUAUAGAUGAUAUGUUUGUUCAAUUUCUUAUCUUUUAACUUCAAAUAAUUUGUGUUCAUUACAGCAGAGUUUAUAAGCUUUA